UGCAAACGGUCCACUAUAUACAUACUGAACAAAUUCAACAAGUGGAAGUGUCUCUUCAGAAUUCAGAAAAUGGCAAUAGAGUUUAUUCUAGGAGUAGUUUAUGUUCUAACCGUCUUCUUUCUGUUUAAAUUCAUUAGGAGUGUAAUCAGGGGCAUAUGGGUUGUAUUCUUUCGACCAGCCAAAAAUCUGAAGAAAUAUGGAUCCUGGGCUGUCAUCACUGGCUGCACCGACGGAUUGGGCAGAGCCAUAGUCUUUGAGUUAGCAUCAAAGGGUCUUAACAUCGUGCUGGUUGGCCGCGAUCCUGAAAAACUGAAGGCUGUGUCUAUUGAGAUAGGCCGAAGGUAUAAGUUGAUUGAAACUAAGGAUGUGGUCAUCGACUUCCUUAAACACAGUGGCGCCGAGAUUAGCAAGUUCAUAGAAGAAGGCAUUGAAGGGCUGGACAUUGGUAUAUUGAUAAAUGUUGCUGGUGUAAAUUACCCCACUGCUAGAUACUUCCAUGAAGUUGAUGAAGAUUUGAUGUACAGUCUCUUAAAGGUGAAUAUAGAUUCAGUAACCUGGAUGACCAAGUCUGUUCUUCCUGUUAUGAUUAGAAAAAGGAAAGGAGCAAUAGUGAACAUAGGCUCCGGCUCCUCCGCCAUCAUUCCUUCUUCUCCUUUAUUUACUCUCUACGCUUCAACCAAAUGUUACAUGGAUCAACUAUCAAGGUCUCUACAUGUUGAGUACAAAAAAUAUGGGACUGACGUGCACGUUCAGGUAUAUAAUAUAGGGAAAUUGAAAUUUUUACUCUUAUUUUAAUCC